CGUACUUGAACAUAUCCAAAAUAUUGAACACAAAUAGUCCGAAAUGUCGUCGAUUCGACCACUCGCAUCGCCCGCUCUUCGGGGCACUUUGCUGUACCCGAGCAGAAGAUUUCUCUCAUCAACAACGGCAAAUCGGGCUGUCGCAACGCCACCCCGUCAGCCAAUCUACGAGGGCGGUGACUUCGUCGGUGACGGUGGCGAGCCGCUGCCGGGAAGCUCGGGGAGGGGCCCAAAGGGCGCGAAGAAUUCGUAAUGCCGCCUCAGCGCGCAUUUUGCGAUUAUUCAAACAGCUUCAAGAUAUCAAAGUGCUAACAAAGUCGACGUCAGACCGGGCAUGCUCGCGGCGGCCGGAGCUGCGCUCGCGCUCGGGGCGUACUGGAUGUUCAAAGCCAAGCGCCCCGAGGCAUCCCAAGAGGCGACGGGUAAGGGCGAGAACACGAAGGCCAAAUGAAUCGUCCAGCCCUGCACCGCCACAUUGCUCACAAAAAUGAGAAGAAACUGUAAAGUAUAUGGGAUCGCUGAUGUUGCUCAUGACGAAAAAUUUGUCAGUCCUUCACUUGGGCACGCCGCUAUCUGUGCAGUAGGAUCUCGAUAGUAAGAGUUGUCAUUGUAUGGAGAAUUCCCGUCGUCUUCGCCCAGAAUCGGCGUCGCGCAUAGGUGUAGAUGUGGUCCAGAGCUUCGUCGAACAUGCGGCAGCCUAUGGCAUCCCGGAGGCAUCCAUACACAUAUCCAGAACUCCCAUGAAUGGCAGAGACACCCGUAUUGGCCAGACGCGAACAGCAUCUCUGACCUCUUCAUCGCACAUCAAGUACUACCGUCGCUCGGGGGAGACGACCGGGUGCAGAAAAGCGCAUACUCACAUCAUGAACGUCACUCAAACUGCACCAGAAAUCUUCGCGCGAUCCGUGGGAUGUGCUGGGAUUCACAAAGCAGCUUUGUCCUGCGUGGCAUCUUGGUUGCUUGCUUGCUUCCCGUGGUGAACCCUUACGAGUAGGCAACAUCACGUGACCGUGGAGCUGUCUUGCGAUCAACAACGUCAACUCGCGCUGCAGCUUCGAUCGCGCCAACGCAGCCCGCUCACGCGUCGUCUUCAACGCUACGAUGCGGAGCCACACACCGCAGGAGGGCGAGCGCAGCGGUCCUGGUGGCCGUCGCGGCUCCCUGACAAGCCGGUUGCGCGCCAGCACCUCCGCAUUGCCUCGGCCACAAACCAACUUGCGCGAGACAAGAAUUUCCUCAUUUCGCGCGACGCAGCCUACCUAUAACCUCAUUACCGGCGCGGAGCCCAAUUCUCGACCCUCGUCGCGGCAAAGUUACGCGGCAGAGUCUGUCCGUCCAGGCUCACGCGAAAGCUCCAAGGAAAACAUGGCGCCGCCCGACGCGGACGAGUACGAGAAAUACCGAAAGGAGAUAGAGUCUUUGAAGGCCGAAAUUGGUACCCUGCAGUAUCGCAUGCAGACCGCCGAGCAGGAGAAGGAAAUCGCUCUGUCUCAGCAGAACAACAAGUUGGAACAGGCACGUCGAAGCCAACAAGAUGAGGCACAGCAGCGGCAGCUUGCGGAAACCGACCGCGCCAAAGCCACAGAACAGGCUGAGUCGGUGCGGCGAGAGCUGGACGAGCUGAGAGAGAAGGCCGAAGCUGAGCAAAAGUCCUGGGAACGUAAAACGCGAGAGGCGCAAGACGAAGCGCGUCUUCUCCAGGAGCAGCUCGAUGACCUUUCCUCCGCAAGGGAAGAGGCCGCCCGAAUAGCCGAGAAGAAGAUGGCAGACCUGCAGAUGCAGAUCACCGCCUGCCAGAAUUCUAUCCAAGUGCUGGAGCAAGAGGGUCAGACAAAAGACGAUGCGCUGCAACACUCUCAGACCCAGUUGGCCGACAGGGAUGGCCGCAUCGCAGAGCUGGAGGCCGACGUCCUCCGUCUCAAGGCACAGAGCGGUGACGCCGAGACCAUGGAGAUUAUCAAACGAGAGCUCUCGGAGCAAGUACAGCACAUCCGCGCCCUGGAAGCCACCAAUCGUGACCAGCUGUCCGAACUCAAACACUUACGGUCUGUCAAUAAAGCCGUUGAGAUUGUUGAAGAGGAGAAGCGGACACUCCAGCGCAGGCUCGAGUCUGCAGAGACACUGGAGGCUGAGCUGACCGAGGCACGGCUACAGCGGCAGCGACUGGAGGACGAGCGCCGUGCGUGGACGUCGUAUCUGCAAAACGCAUCAGAGACCGAUGACGACGUGUUCGACUCGCCCGAGGCCAUGGCUCGGGCGCUGGUCCAGGAGCGGCUGACGACGGCGUCGUACGUGGAGCAGCUCGGCGCUCUCCGCGCCGAGAUGGCGGCUCAGGAAAACACGACGCAGUCGCUCAAAGAGGAGCGGACGCAGCUCAAAGAACAGCUCGAGACGGCCAAGGACACGGCGAGUACCUCGGCGACAGACAAGGCUCGCUUGCGGCUCGACCGACAGCGCGCUCUGGCACUGAAGGAAGUCGAGUACCUACGCGCACAGCUCAAGGCGAUUGACGAGGAGGAUCAUACGAUGCAGCCGGGUCAAUAUGACGAGGCUCGGGUUGCGCGGGUGCAGGCGCUGGAAAGCAUCGUCGACGAUUACAAGGCCGAGGUUCAGACGCUGCACGCCGAACUCUCGUCUCGAGAGCCGCAAGUGGGCACGCCGCAGCCCGCCGCUGCCGGGACAAAACGGUCCCGGCUGGACGACGAUGAAACGCAGGAGCAGCUGGGACAGCUUUCGCGCAAGAACCGGAAGCUCCAAGACGAGCUGACAUCGCUGCAAACCAAAGCGUCACUGCUGGAGAAGGACCUCGCCGCCAGCAGGGAGCAGCUCUUGGCGGCAAAGGAACGCGGCCAGACGCGCGUCCUGUCUCUCCGCUCGAACCCAACGUCGGACCACGAGGCGAUCAAGCGGUCAACGCUCGAGGCGCUCCAGAACGAGAAUAGAGACCUGCUCGCCAACCUGCGCGCGCGGCAUCCAGACCCAUCGGUGCCCGUCAUCCCCACGUCGGUGCUCGGCGCCAUGGAGCGCGAGAUCGCGGCCGCCAAGGCGGAGACGGCGUCGGCCAAAAAGUCGGCGCAGCGCCUCAAGGAGGUCUGGGGCUCCAAGUCGCACGAGUUCAAAGAGGCCAUCUUCUCCACGCUGGGCUGGACCGUCACCUUCAUCCCCAACGGCAAGAUGCGCGUCGAGAGCACCUUUUACCCGUCCCAGACGGACGAGCACGAGAACUCGAUUGUCUUUGACGGCGAGCGCGGGACCAUGAAGGUCGGUGGCGGGCCCCGGAGCGCCUUUGCCCGCCGCAUAGCAGACCAGAUCGGCUUCUGGGUCCGCGAGAAGGGCUGCAUCCCGGGCUUUCUGGCGGCGCUGACGCUAGAGUUCUACGAGGAGCACAAUGCCGCCAAGGCGGGAGAGGCAUAGAACGACUGAUGUAGAUUGACCGUCAACUGGACGAGUCUGUUUGUCUCGCGAAUGGCGCGCCGAAGGGAAUCGAUCGAGAGACACGCAUGCAUGCUUACGGAGUUGAACUGAUUCCAGGGCAGGCGCGGGCGGCGGGCACCUUGCCAACUGAGUUAAACCGAAUAAAGGCCAUGCGGUGCCAUAUUGGUGCAUGGGCAUUCCACGAGCGAUGUCAGGUGUUUUGGUCUUUGCACAAUGGAAACCAAUCAAAAGAUGAACAUUCAACUAGCUGUGUACUCCGCGUAUCUGGCCAUAACCAUACAUAUUGAAGCCGCGCCAUCGGCUGGCUUAGUUGAUGACGGAUUUUAUAUCCAUACACCCGUCGUGUC